CUGCAGACUCACUUUGGGGAGCGAUGCUCUGGAGCCAGAACUCUGUGUGGUCAUCGUCAGCACGGUGGUGAUACCCAGACCAACUCUGGCUGGCGCAGCGUCCAUAUUAAUCCAAAAAGACACCCAGGAGAGGAUGACGAUGAGGAGUGAAGGGAUGUACAUCUGUAUCAGCACAAACUGUGGGAGGGUGAGAUCAUCAGCCACCUGAACGGGGUUGUCAGACAGCCAUUCAAAGAUCAGGUCAUUCAUGGUGUAACCGACUGUACAAAGAACAUAGAGAGGACAAAGAAGAUUUUAACCCAAGGAAAAAUACUGAAAAAUGUAAAAUAAUAAUAAUAAUAAUAAUAAAUAAAAAAAGUAAAGUGCACCUAUUAAAAUACAGCAACUGACUUUUUUCAGUGUGUAAAGAGCAGAGUAGUUACCCAGAAUACGUCUGAACCAGACAUUCUGGUUAUUUCUUCUAUGGAUGAAACUCAGAAAAUGUAAUAAAUUACCAGAUUAUUUCACUGAUGAUCUUCCAUUUUGGUUUGCUAUUUUCACCAAAUAACACAAUUUCCCUAACAUUUAACUACAAUAUCUAACUUUACCAAAGAGCUAAAACAGCUUCAACUCAUAUAGGCCAGACAACAGCUUUAUAACUGGUGAUAUGAAUUUUAUUUUGUAAGCACUAAAACAAUUACAUGAAAACAAAAUAAAAACAUUAACAAAAUUUACAUUUUGGCCUGAACAAAAGUCACAAUGUUUCCGUCAUUUGUUGCUUUAAACACGGCAGUAAACACACUACACUAAACCUGUAUCUGUAUCUGGUUCCUAGAAAUGAAAUCAGCAUCAAUCACACCAUUCAGUAACCUCACCUGUCACACACAGGGAGUCAGUGUCAACUGGAACAUGAUUACUCCCAUAAAAAAGGAAUAUUGCACUAAAAAUAAAAGUGAUCUCCCAGAGCAACUUUAGACUGAUGUGCAGUGACCUUUUACCUUGAGGAAGACUUAUACCAUCCCAUAAAAAAGGCCAAAGAGGAAGAAGGACCCACCAGAUGGCAUUGGUGAGAAAGGUCAGGGAUUUCGAUCCAAUUUCAGCAUUAAAAAAGUAAAUUUGUAUAGUGUGAUCAUUUCUUUAUUGAAACAAUAAUCAAAUCAACAUUGAGACUGGUGGGUUACGCCGAUUGUUUUUCCGAUCACUGCAUGCACUUCUACCAAAUGUGGGUCCUUACUGCGCAUGUCUGUUAGGUCAUGGGUGGACAUAUACUUUACAUCGGCAUUUACGGGAGCUAUGCAAACAUUGUGGUUAUCCUCCUGCCGUGUCCCUUCGUUAUCAUUUGCAAAAGUUUAUUUUGUUUGGCUUGUUGAUGUAAAACUGUGAUCAGAGAAAAAUAGCAACAUUGUAACACUCACUUUUAAAGGCACAAAGCCAUGUUUGAAGAUUAAAUAGUAGUUGCCACACACACUGGUGUGGUGUGGUGAAAAUUGUUCUCUGCAUUUGACCCAUCCCUCGGGGAGUGGUGAGCAGCAGACACGGCCACGCUCGGGAACUAUUUGGUGGUUUAACCCCCCAAUCCAACCCCCUAAAGCUAAUCAGGAUUUGAAGUCUGAUCUCCCAGUCACAGGGGGACACUCUAGGCCACAGGAGUCUUCUACUUCCCCUUUUAUGGCUGUCUCUGUUAUGGUGGAUAGUUAUGUGCUUGUCAAAAUUAUUUACCGUGAUCAAACAUGUGAUGGAGGGAAACACUUGUGACAAUCAGAUACAUUUGUUCAGGGCUCACAUUCACGGUCAAGUCCGAACUAUGAUGAGAUUAAAGACAUUUAGCUCAUGUAAACAUGCCUAAUGAUUGUUGGUAAUUAACCUUAUGUCACUAGAAAGUCCCUGGUACAAUGAGGUAUAACUUGUAAGGAUCUGUGAAAUGGUCAUAGCUAAAUGUGUAGGUGGUUCGCCUACUGAUCUGCAAUAUCCUGCUGUUGGUAUGUGGUUUGAGUUCUGCCAAGUCUGUCCUGGUUUCAGCUGAGUGACUGGCACAUGACUGACAGCUCUUGGACAGCUUGGGCAUGCUGGAGUGACCAGAGUGAGCAACAUCAAUACGUUGGCUGAUUUUAACAUCUGGCUGAGAAAUGGGAUGCCCUUCUGCAGCACAAUGGGAUUAGGGCAGAGAAUAUAGCAAGAUUUUUGCACAUUUUUGAGGUGAUACUAUCGUCAUGACAGCAGUAGCUCAGGAGGUAGAAGAAAAUGCUGCUGUUGUGUCCUUGGGCAAGACACUUAACUCACCUUGCCUGAUGGUUGUGGUAGGGACAGGAGGCGCCAAUGUUUGGCAGUCUCGCCUCUGUUAGUGCAACCCAUGGCAGCUGUGGCUACACUGUAGCUCACCAUCACCAUGUGUGUGAAUUGAUGGGUGACUGAUUUUGUUGUGAAGCGCCUUGGGGGGUUGUAGAACCCUAAGAAGGCGCUAUACAAGUACAUGCCUUUUUUACAAUUUAAAUGUUUAUCUGUGGUAUUCAUUCAACAGCUGCCCCAUCCUUAUCAUUUUAAGCUCUUUGUAAAGGUGACUGAUCAGGCUUUCCAAUGGAGUGUUGUUACAACAUAGAGAUUUUGUAUGAAAUCUGUUCAUGAGAAAACCUCACAAAUCUCAGCUUGCAAGCACAUUUCAUGAACCUUAGUGAUGUAAUUUCUCCAGCUACAAAACCACAUCCAUGUCUGUUGUAGGUAUAGCUGAGAUGUCAAACAUAUUUCCAAAUAAAAGAAUAUCAGAAAUGAGAGACAUGUCUACCUAGUGAUUGAUACUUAAUAUAUUCCCGUAGAAAUACCCCAAUAGUUUCUAGCUUACAGAUGAAAUGUGUCAGAACAAACUAACAAAUAAUGUAUGGCAUGUGGUUUCACUUGCAGCAGUGGAUUAUGUACAUCAAUCAAUGUGCUUCAAGGAUUUGAAACACAAAUGUCUAUACAUCUCAAUUUGCAUGACUCUUGAUGGUUGGACUCACGCUGCCCAAUUAUUAAUUUGAUGAAAAUACAACACACAACAGCUGCAUACACUUCCUCGCACAUCUGAAUAAUACGGAUGUCUACGGGGAACCUUUAGAGAAUGAGCAACAAAGACAUCAAUUAUUCAAGACGUUACACUCUAUGCUGUAGCGGCCGUCUGAGAAACAGCUCCCCUAAAACACACUUAUUUUGUUCCUGAAAAGAAUUCUCCGUCUCUCCCACAUCCUCCCACAACAACUAAGGGGAAUACCAAUGCUUUCCAAAGAUAAUGAAAUGUUCCUUUUUGCUUCUGCCAAUUAUAGCUGUAAGGCCAACCAAACAUAACUGACGCAGCAUUCGAGGGGGAAUAAAAAUGAAACUCAUGAGCCAGUCAGCAUGUCUAGAAUAUUGUGGCAAGGUAAUGACCAUUCUCCGUUUCCUCGCGUUUGAAAGUCGUUCUCCUAAUGAAGGCCCAAGCAGUUACUGUUCUGCCUCACAUUUAUUGUCUUUGUCUGCUCCCUCUCUACACUGGUUACUUCUCGUUCUUUUCACUUAACGUAGAAGUUACAAAGUAUAUUUGAGGGUUCUGCACACUAAUUGCUCCAGGCAAAGCAAACUGUUUAAAGCCGAGGCUUUGAUGUGUCAGAAUUCCAUUGUUGGCUGUAGAGUCCAUUGCAUAAAAGGUCAGAAAGUAAAUUUGGCCCCGGUUCACUUAAACCUCAAAGAUAUAUUUCUUUUUUUUCAUGCAGAACAGAUGGUGCUGCCACAUCUGCAGCACCGACAGUAAAACCUUUAAUGUCCUUUAAACAUUAGAGUCUAGCCAAGGUGAUCGCACCCUUGGGUGGUAUACAAGCACUUGUCAACACAAGGCCAAGCAUCCUCAGUAGGCCCUUAAUCAGAAAUGAUUACCGCUCAUCUGAGGGCAGCAGAAUGUGAAACACUUCCCUAAAAAUCUAUUUACCUAACUGUUUCUUUUACACCUGUUUUAAAAACUCAGAUUUUUAAAAACUCUUUUAACAUCAUGCUAAUUUGUUUGUUACUGAAACAGAAAAAUAUCGCCUUUAAUCAUCUGUGCAGGAAAAAUGCUGCUAGUUUUCUGUUUCGCUCUUGGCUGAACUAAAAAUCCGUCCGAUGGAGAUCUAAGUCACCUCUAGGCACUGAGGUGGGUCACGUAUAAUAAAAGGGACUCUGAAUUAAAGUUUUAUUAUUUAUAUCCAGGAAAUUGCUUUCAUGAGGGCAGAUACUAUCGCUGCCAAAGGUGGAAGACUUCAAGGGGAAGAUGUCAUUGCUGUUAUCAGUUCAAGACAAAUUUAAACCAUUUUGUAGCCUUUGUCUUUUAAACUCACUGGUUUUGAUAAAUAUUCAAUUAAAAAACAAAAACACUGUGUAGAUUCUACGUCUAUUCAUUAUUGUUUCUAUGACACAACUUAUUGAAUUAUUUUUUAGAUUUGAUUUAUGAUUUAAAAAUAGAGGGUUUGUAUCAGAAAGUCUGUACUUUCUGCUCAGUUUUGUUCUGUGAAAUGUCAGCUGUCAGAGCCGACUAACCUCCAGCACAUCACAUAAAACUUGUUUGUCAGGGCUGUUGGCAUUAGACUGUAAUACACUACACCCUGAAGCAAUUUUUGUCAAAGAAUAGGCCUAAUGUUGGAAAAGGACAGAUUUUAAAUAAAAGCAUGUUGUUUUUACCUUAAGGUGCAUGUAGCAUUGUGAAUAAAUCUGUGUAUGCACACAUACAAAAAUGUGAAUGUGGAUUAUUUUGACCAGAUUUCCAAAUGUCCUGUGCCAUUUAGAAGAUGGAAAACCCAAUACACAGGUCUAAGUUUCACUCUCAGUUUUUGACAAGAAUAAGUAAUUUACCCCCUAAUAAAUUGCUUUAGAUCCCGGACCUGAACAGGCGGAGUAGACGGCUCUGGAAUCGCUAAUAAAACAAAUUUAAAAAUCCCAUUUUAAGACCAGGUUCACAGAGAAACCCUUUUACUUUUUAAUCUUUGAAAUACAAUAGAUCACUCUGAGCUUAACAUGCAGGCUGAGCACGAAAAAUAGUCUUCUACCCCAUAACCCGCUGACAGAUAGUAGACGAAGACACGCUCGGAUUAGAAUUGAUCAGAUCUACGUCACACUGAAUAUUAGCAUUCAUGGACUCAUCCAUCAUAAGUCUGGCUGUUGUUGGUUUAGCGUCCAGGAGAGAGCAGUGGGCAUCUUGGCUAGUAGAAGCUAACCAUUAGCAUUAGCAACUCCACAGUUGCGGUUAAUGAUGUGAAUUGGUGUUGCGGUCGGCAACAAGAUGGCACCUGUGCUUGGCUUAGCCGCAGUCACCAGCCACUUUUUCAAACUUUUCUCCACCAACCUCCUCUUUUCCACCUUGCUCCUGCGAUCCUCUUCAGUAGUGUCCCUGCUACCAUCUCCUAUGAUCGCCAGACUCUUUUGUCCUUCCGUUCGUUCACGAUCGCCCAAGAUGCACCGAGGAUUUACCAUCCUGUUUGUUUACCUGAGCGGCGCACUGGCCCGGAGCCAAACAACGGUCCCGAGCUGCCCGCCUCCGGCUAUGUUUGUCCGGUCCCGGGAAAACGUCGGAGGAAAAGAGGUAAAUGAGCAGGAAUCCAGAUGAGAGUAAGACUUCUCUUAAAGCGUGGUUUAUCUAGUAAACAUCGGCGCGAUCUUCUAGCUUCUUGUCCUUUGUUUGGUGACCUGAGCGCCACUUCCGCAUUCCCGCCAGGCCGCAUUGCAGCGCGGUUAAUCCGUCCAAGUUUUUUAAGGUCAGUUUAUCCUCAUUCCUCAGUGGUUUCUCCUCCUGUUCCCUCCAUGAGUGGUUUUUAUAAACACCGUGGAUCUAACCCCGCUAAUUUACGUCCAUUAACUCCAGCUGUUUCUGUAGUUUCUGAUUCCUCCACCUCACUCAGCAUGGCUCUAUUAAAAACCUGCUCUGUUAACAAUAAGUCCUUCCUGCUCAAUGAUCUAAUUCUCUCUAAAAACCUGGAUUUUCUGUUUCUGACUGAAAAUUGGCAGCAAACAUCUGAUUAUUCUGGUCUGAUUGAACUCUGCCCGAGUGGUUAUUCUUUUCUUAGCCAGCCCCGGGGUUCUGGUCGUGGUGGAGGCCUAGCUGUUGUUUUCAGAGACCAUCUUCCAUGUAGCUCUACAACCUCUGGUCACUUUGCUUCCUUUGAAGUGCAGCUGAUUAAAGUCGGGCGUAAGGACCCGUUCUACUGUGCUGUGGUGUAUCGUCCGCCUGAUCCAAACAGUUCUUUCCUCCAGGAGUUUAGAGACUUUCUGUCCUCCACUGUGAAGCUGUCCAGACUGGAGAUUGUUGGUGACUUUAACAUCCACAUUGAUGAUCCCUCUGAUCACUUUGCCAUGAAUUUCUCCAGCCUUAUGGAUUCCUUCAGCUUUACUCAGCAUGUUUCUGGCCCCACACACACCAGGGGGCACACUCUAGACCUUGUUUUUACCCUGAGUCUAAAUGCUGACAGUGUUUGUCCUGAGGACGUUUAUAUUUCAGAUCACCAUUGCAUUUUUUUUAACUUGUCAGUUUCUGCGUCCCCACCUCCUGCUCGUCGUAUGGUUAGUUCUUGUUUUCUUAAUGAGAGCACAGCUAGCAAUUUUUCCGCUGCUUUUAAUCCACGCUGUUCUUCUGAUAACGACCCAGAUUCCUUAACUUCUCAGUUUAACGAGCACUGCCUCUCCAUUCUGGACAACAUCUGUCCUGUCAGAACCAGAUCAGUUUCUGCAGUGAACCCUACUCCCUGGUUUAAUGACAGCCUUCGCAGCCUAAAGCGCCAUUGCAGAAAAAUUGAGCGUUUGUGGAAGAAACCCAUCUCCACAUCCAUCUGCUGCACCUAAAGGAUCUUCUGACAUCCUUUAACUCUGCAGUCAGAGAUGCAAGGGUUUCCUAUUUUUCCAACCUGGUGUCCCAGAGCAAAGGGAACCCCAAGGUGCUGUUAAACACCAUCAGCAGCAUCGUCUCUCCUGCCUCUCCUACAGCCUCCAUCCACUCUGUUACAGACUGUGAGAACUUUCUGUCUUUCUUUGUGGACAAAGUCAAUAAGGUUAGAUCUAGCAUCUCUCCUUCAGCCUUAUCACUGCCUCUCCCGACUCCAACCAGGCCCCUCAUCCUAGAUAGCUUUGCUCCUGUUUCUUUGCCUGAGUUACCCAAACUAGUUAACUCUAUGAAGACCUCUGCAUGCCCCCUUGACAUCUUACCCUCAUCUUUGUUUAAAAGUGCUUUUCAGUCCAUCGGUCCCAGCGUGCUCUCUAUAAUUAAUGCUUCUCUGGUUUCUGGUCAGGUCCCUGCUUACUUUAAGAACGCUGUAAUCCACCCGCUUCUUAAAAAACUGAGUCUCGACCCCUCUCUCCA